AUGGCCACACUAUGCCUCAAACCGCGUCGAUCUCCGUAUAGCACCAAUGGUUCGCAGCAGACGUUCUUUCUGCACCCAGGAUACCCCGACGGCCAUAAUAUCCUCUUCGUCUUUCCCACGGUUGACAGCGGCGGGAUCCACCACGAGACAGCACGUAUCGCCUGUGCCAUACUCGCCAACUCCCGCUGGGAUGGAUUUCUCACUACAACCAGAGAUGGAGAGGCAAUAAACCAGGGAAGGGAUGAGAUCCUUGUCAACCAGCGGUACUACUUUCGGAUCCAAGAUGACGAGCAGUACCCCAUCAUACCGUCUUUCAACAACUUCCUCUGCCCUACCACCUUGCCCGACUCAUGGGCCGCCAGCUCUCCCCUCAUUGAACCAACCACAAUGGACGACGUAAGAAAUCGAGACCAGACAUGCCGCAUUACUGCUUCCCUAGUCCCCAACGGAAUCGCACACAUCAUCCCCCAGGCACAGAGCGAGUGGUGGCAAAGUAACAGCAUGAUCGCCUACACUGCCAAUCCAGAGCUCUCCACCGAUACACGCUGCGCCGAGAACGCGAUCCUCCUUCGCCGUGACCUUCAUAAGCUGUGGGACGACCACCGGUUCGCCAUCGUGCCAAAGGCGGGCAAAUGGGUGAUCCACGUGCUUUGGAAGAGCCCGUCGGAGGAGCUGGAGAAAAAAUACCACAACCUAGAGCUGCAGCCGCUGUCCGGUGUGGCGAGACACUUUCUCUUUUGCCGGUUCGCGCUGGCGAUCUUGUCCAAGAGCAUCUUCCUCAACCAGAACGUCACACGGAAGCUGGUAACGCUCGAUAGCGAGGCCACACCUCACGUACGAUCCAUGUCAGCGAACGAAUACCGGAGGUUGUUUUCUCCAGCGAGAAGAGCAAACAGCCGAAGUCAGAGUCCCCAGAAGCGUCAGCGGUCAGCGCAAGACAAUGAUGAGGCCAUGGACGAAGAAGGGCCGGUGUCAGGGAGUGACUCAGGAGAGGAAGAGCAACGUGGGCGUCGCCGGCGGAGGAGUUGGCUGUAUGUCGAUACGUUCAGCUCUCAUGACGCGCCUGAAUGGCACCCAGGACGGGACAAAUAUGCGGACAGGAAGCGGCAGAAGCUGCACACACCGCCAAAAUCUAAUAGUCUAGGAAUAUAUUAA